UAUUCUCUCAGUCAGCAGGCGAGAGAAACAGAGAGAGGGAGCAGAGGAAGAAUGAACAGUCAUCCCUUAGAACAUUAAAACAACGUAGUUUACAUAGUUUCCCUUACUGCUGUUCAAUUCCUCAAACUCUUGAUUCAUCAAACAUUUCAUUCUCCAAAAAAAAAGAGAGCUUUUCAGACAGAAUGGCGAUUUCUAUCACAGCAGCUCUGAGUGUGCUGCUGGCUCUGAGCAGUAUACAACUCAAUGAUCUAACGGAGGCAUGCACUUGCAUGCCAAACCAUCCCCAGGACGCUUUCUGCAACUCUGACAUAGUGAUCCGGGCAAAAGUGGUUGGGAAGAAGUUGCUGAAGGAUGGACCUUUUGGUACAAUGCGCUACACCAUCAAACAGUUGAAGAUGUACCGUGGUUUCAACAAAAUACACCAUGUUCAGUAUGUCUAUACCGAAGCUGCAGAGAGUCUGUGUGGUGUCCGGCUUCAGGUGAACAAGUUCCAGUAUCUCAUCACAGGUAGAGUUUAUGAUGGGAAAGUCUAUACUGGGGUGUGUAAUUUCAUUGUGCCAUGGGAGAAAUUAACCCUGUCACAACGCAAGGGUCUGAAUCAUCGUUACCAGCAUGGUUGCAAUUGCAAGAUCAAACCUUGUUAUUAUCUGCCAUGUUUUGUGACAGCAAAGAAUGAGUGCCUGUGGACUGAUAUGUUGUCUGACCAGGGAUACAUGGGGCACCAGGCUAAGCACUAUGUAUGCAUCCGGCAAAAGGAAGGUUACUGCAGUUGGUACAGAGGUGCAGCACCCCCGGACAAAACCAGGAUCAAUGCCACAGACCCCUGAAAGGGAAAACCCUCUGUACACAUGCUGGCUAGCAAGGGUGGCCAUCUUGUGUGACACAGCCAUGAUGUAAUACCUGUCUAUUCCCAGCAUUAGCACAUCAAACACAGACUUCUAGGCCAUUUUUCUGUUUCCUCAGAAUUAUUCUUAAUGCGUCCAGUGCAUGGGCUAUUUGUCUCCAUACCAACCAAUCUUGCUUCAGACAUGCUCCUUGCAGCAAAAAAUAUAUCAAUGAGCUUUAGGUACAUUUUAUUAUCAGUGUCCUGUGCCAUAUGCAACUGCUACUGCCCUUUAUAAAUGUGGCACACAGGUGGUCCAAACAUUUCAGGCAAUUUUUUUGAUUUUUUUUCCUUUAUUUAAUUAGAAAAAAUAUUCAAAUUACAACACUAUUUGUUGUUACAUAGAUCACUUAUUUGGUAUUAGAAUGCAUUUUCAAAAUACGUAACAGAACUUAUUCUACAGUGCUGUGAGGGAAAUAAAAAUCCUAAAAUCUGUCUGGUGUAUGCCUGAAAGGUGAUUUUCUCUUUAUGCUUAAAAACGUUUGAAUUUUAGAGAAAUUGUACUACAUCCCUACAUCUGACCUGGGGAGUCAGUCUCAAAAUCACUAAGCCCUUUGGACAGAGACGGACUUCCUGCAUUUACAUAACUGACAACAGCUCCACUGUAUAAACAGCAGAGUGGCACCUGCAGAUUUUUUUCUGUGCUGCCAGUGGAAUAAAGGAGCAUCGAUAUUGUCAUUGGCUUUUAUAUACCGUGGCAAACAACCAAAAGGAGGCAAUCUGCUCUCCUGCCAGUGGCUGCGCUCAUGAAGAUCUAAGUGCCUUCUGAGCUGCCAUGCAAUAAAAGGUACUAGUUUCCUAUUUUUUAUGAAAAAAAUAUAAUUGUAGAAUCACAAUGCUCCAACUAUUGGCAAAGAUUUCAAUCCUCUAUAAUAAAAUGGUGUUAGACUUUAUAAUGGCAGACCCUUCUCAUAUUUCACUCGAAAGUGGGUGGAAAUUCAGUGGAAAAUGUUUGAAGACCUACUAUGGCUUCUCCAUCCAAUUUCCAAUCCCCAUCAUCAGGACCACCAAUGACACCACCUCUCCUUGCUGCAUCUAAAUGUCCCAAAGAAUUUCCUGUCUUUCAACAGAACCUUUCUUGGGCCAUCAUGUUGUAGAUUGCAGUGUAUACUCACCAUGAGAGCAAAGAUGUUUGAAAAACAAAAUUGGCAACCAACAAAAUUUUGCAUUUAUGUGAUAUAUUUAAUAUAACAUUCCCUAACUGCUUCAGCAGCAAAAGAAACAAAAUAAGGGCUACGAGAAAUGUAAUGUGCAAAAAUCACAACUUUGAAAACUUCCUGGAUUUGUUAUAUAGUGACAAAGCCCCUAUGCUCACAAAGAAUGUUCCAUGCCUGAGACGAUAGGGAACAUCUUUCUCACAUUUGCUGAACAUCUCUAAUGAACUAUUUGUACCACCAGUUAGAAAGUAGAGCAGCACAUCUGAUGUGAGCCAACUAAGAUGAUAUAACUGUUGUGUCAUACAAUAUAAAUAACUGUCAUCUGGUUUUGCAGACCCCCUGCACACCUCCACUUUAUCACUGAUGAUUAAACCCCAGACUGCUUCUUAUAUUUGUACGUUGGUUACAACAUCAAUCAAUGGACAUUCUGAAAAAAAUACACACCUAUAAAUUUGGAGCAUGAAUAAACAUGUACCUAUAUAACUCUUUUCAAAAAUAUAUUGAUUACUGACAUAAGCUAUAUUUUAUACAGUACACUUCUGUAUGAGUGGGCAUUUCAUUCAUAUGAAUAUAUGUAAUUACAUUAAAAGUAUUGUCAUGUCUGGAUAAUGUGCUUUUCAAAGCUGGAUAAGUGACAGGCAGAAUAUUGGUGGGGAACAAGCUAAUUAAAAACACUUUUUAAACAUUUAAUUUGAUUUAUCUUUGUAAAGUUAAUUGUUUUUUUUCCUGAGUUUGCCUGGUUUAUGUAAAUAUACAUGCAAUGUAUCUACCUACAGUAGGCACACAGCAAGAGUGGGUUGUCUGUGUACGUGUUUGUGUGUAUCUGUGAGUCUGCGAAUCUAUCUGCCCAAUAACAGCAUGAUUUAAUGGCUGAAGGAACUUCGAAAGAGCGAGAAACCAAUUAAAUGAAAUAAAGCUUUCUUGGAGGAAUGUACUUAUCACUAAAUUUACAUUGUUUGCAGAUUUCUCUGCAUUAUUUGUGAAUUUUAUAUGUCAUGAAUGUAAGUUCUUUUAAAAAAAACUUUCCAACGUCACUUUUACAGUGUCAUCUAAACAGUAAAAUUACUAUUAUUUCUAUCACAGUAA